UGAGCAUGUUUCUGCUCAAAGUAUUCAGCAACGGUUAACAGCAAGCUCAAUAGCAUACUUUUCCGUUUGCAGUGCUGCACAAUGUUCAAAUAUUUGAAGCGGGCUAAUUUGAAAUUCAUAUGCCAUACACAUGGAAAACUCGUGCGAGGGCACACACAGGAAAAUAUGUCUGAGUUUUGUAUGCCUUCGAAAAUUGAAAUCGAUGUUUCCGACCAACGGACACAACAAAUUCUGUUCAAAUCAUUAAAGCAUCGCGUUGCCAAUAUGCAAGCGGAUGACCUCUCAACUGCUGUGGUCAUUGACAAUGGCUCUGGCAUAUGCAAGGCGGGCUUCUCAAGCGAAUCCGCUCCCCGUGUCGUCUUCCCAUCGAUUGUGGGACGACCCCGUCAUCUAAAUGUCAUACUCGAUUCGGCCAUUGACGAUUGUAUCAUCGGUGACGAAGCGGUGCGAAAGCGUGGCAUACUCACACUCAAGUAUCCCAUCGAACAUGGCGUUGUGACCAAUUGGGCGGAUAUGGAGAAGAUCUGGAAGCAUACCUUCGAACAGCUGCGCGUCGAAUCGGAUGGGCAUCCAGUGCUGCUGACCGAACCGCCGUUAAAUCCCAAAAAGAAUCGCGAAAAGAUGACCGAAAUAAUGUUUGAGAAUUUUCGUGUGCCCGCACUCUAUGUGGCCAUCCAGGCGGUAUUAUCUCUCUAUGCUACAGGACGUACCAUUGGCAUUGUCGUAGACUCUGGCGAUGGAGUCACCCACACGGUGCCCAUCUACGAGGGCUACGCCCUACCACAUGCCUGCAUGCGCCUAGAUCUAGCUGGAAGAGACUUGACCGACUAUCUGGGCAAGCUGCUGAUGGAACGCGGACACACGUUAAGCACCAGCGCAGAGCGUGAAAUAGUCCGAGAGAUUAAGGAGAAACUCUGCUACGUGGCCAGCAAUUUUGAUGAGGAACUGAAUCAAUGCUUGCUGCGCAAGUCGGAUUUCGAUGAGCUCUACGAAUUGCCAGAUGGCACUACCAUCAACAUUGGCAACGAGCGCUUUCGCUGCCCCGAGGCACUGUUCAAGCCCAGCAUGCUGGGCCAGGAGGUGCCCGGCCUACACGAGGCGGUCUUCCAAUCGAUAUUGAAAUGUGAUAUGGAUCUGCGACGGGAUAUGUAUGCGAAUAUUGUUCUGUCGGGCGGCACGACUAUGUUCCGCAACAUCGAGGUGCGUCUGCAAGAGGAUAUUUCGGUCAUGGCCCCCUCGACGAUGCGCAUCAAAAUUACCGCCAAUCCUGAACGCUGCUUUGCCGUCUGGUCGGGCGGUUCCGUUUUGGCUUCACUCUCCAGCUUUCAAAAUAUGUGGAUUGAUUCCUCCGAAUACGACGAUAUGGGUCCCAGCAUAAUACAUCGCAAAUGUUUCUAGCUCAUUAAAGCCAAAGAUGGCAAACAGAAGAGAGAAGACAGCAGACAGUAGAUCAGAAUUAGUUUAAUUAUAUUUCUAUAUUUUAUACAUGUUGUUAAAUCCAAUAAAGAAUGCCGAUGAUACGGACUUUGCUGCAGCAGGCCUGGACACCAGAUGCUGACCGACUUGCCUAGUUUAAGUUGACUUGACUUUUGACGAGGUUUUACACAAAUAUAAGUUAAUAUAAAUCCAA